GCUGCUGCAGACUGCCGUAUGUGCGCACGGCCUCGGAGAUCCAGGAGAUGAAGUUCUGGCGAGCACCUGUGCGCGAGAGCAACCGCAUUACAGACCCUAUUAAACGCGCCAAGAACCAUACUUCCCGUCUCAUUAACAUGCAAUUGGGUAAACUCUCAGGCGUCACGCGUCAAGCCUCACUGGAUUUCCCGGCGCUCAGGCGUAUGCACCCAUUCGAGCGGGAGGUGGUGGUUCUUACGCUGGGCCAAGGCACGUACGAGAAACACAUUCAGAGGCUGCGCAAAGUGUACGCAUCGUUGCACAAUACGGGCAAGCACUACGAACGCGAGUGUCAGGAGCUGCGCACCAAGCAGGAGGCGGUCGACUGCGGAUUGCGCUGCGUUGAGGAGCUCAAAAAGAUUGUGGACGACAAUGCGGGCACGUUACGAGAGGUAGCGAACAUGGCCAAGGUGCUUCGUGGACUUCCUCAUGUGGACCUGGAUAAACCCAUUUUCGCCUUUGUUGGAGCGCCGAAUGUUGGAAAAUCAUCAUUAGUUCGUGCUCUGUCUACGGCUUCUCCGGAGGUGGCUAAUUAUCCGUUUACGACACGUGGAAUUACCAUGGGCCACAUUUUCGAAGAAGGCAUUUCGUACCAGAUUGCAGACACCCCAGGACUGAUCUUCCGUUCUGACGAGACCCGAAAUGCCAUUGAAAAGUUGGCUAUUGCGAUGAUGGAGAAGACGCAGGCCUCGAUUGGCUUUGUGUUCGACCCGACGGGUUCGUCUGGCACGCCAACGGCUGACCAGGUUCUACUUCGGGAUGAGCUUCGACACCGAGUGUUAAAAGCUCGCCCUGAGCACAUGUGGAUCGACAUCAUCUCAAAAUCUGAUCAGCCGUCGGACGACUUGGCGUCGCUGAAGGACAGGCUGGGACCGUCGCCGUUUUUCUCUGUCUCAGCACAAACAAACGAAGGCCUGGUGGAGCUGGGUGACGAAAUCCGAAGACUUUUGACUUGAGUCCGCUUGCGAGAACGGCUUCUUGGAGAAGCUGGAGUAAUAUGAAAUACCGCAGUCAUUACUGCGCGCACGUUUGACGCUUGUAGAGGUUAUGCCUUAUCUUCGUGCUAAUUUGAUCUCAGGAAAAUGUGCAACUAGAACAUGUAUCUUUAAAAAAAAAUCCUAAGAUACAAUUAAAAA